AACCAGCAGCAGCCAUGGACCAAGCAAGACAACCCGACAACCACAACACCACCACUAACGACUACAACCUCUCAACCCCCAUCUCCCCAACAACCGGCUUCAAACAAAACCUAACAUCCUACGGAGACGCACACUUCUCCCUGUUCCUCCGCAAAGUCUUCAUCAAAGCCCUGGGAUACUCCGAAGACGCCCUCUCCCGCCCAAUAAUUGGCAUCGUCAACACCUUCUCCGGCUUCAACCCCUGCCACGCGAACGUGCCUCAGCUUAUCGAAGCCGCUAAGCGCGGGGUGCACCUUAGCGGUGGGCUCGCGAUCGAGUUCCCUACUAUCAGUGUGCAUGAGUCGUUUGCGGCGCCGACGAGUAUGUUUUUGAGGAAUUUGAUGAGUAUGGAUACGGAGGAGAUGAUACGGGCGCAGCCGCUGGAUGCAUGUAUUUUGGUUGGAGGCUGUGAUAAGACCGUUCCGGCACAGUUGAUGGGUGGCAUUUCGGCGAAUAAGCCCAUUUUGCCGCUUGUUACGGGCCCCAUGUUACCUGGGAGACACCGUGGACGGCGGAUCGGUGCGUGUACGGAUUGUCGGAGUCAUUGGGCUGCGUUCCGCGCGGGCGAGAUCGAUGUUGAAGAGAUCGCGGCGGUCAAUGAGGAGCUUGCUCCGACGGUCGGCACAUGUGGUGUCAUGGGCACGGCCAGCACGAUGGCGUGCGUGACGGCAGCCCUGGGCAUGAUGCCGCUCCGGGGGGCAUCGGCGCCUGCUGUCUCGUCGGCUAGGAUUCGAGUCGCGGAAGAAACAGGCGCCAAUGCAGUCGCGGUGGCGCAGGCCGGUCGGAAGCCGCAGGAUGUCUUGUCCACGGAAUCAUUCCUGAACGCCAUCACCGUGCUGCAGGCAAUUGGGGGAUCAACGAACGCCGUGGUCCACCUGAUGGCUAUUGUCAACCGUCACCCGCAGGCCCAAGGCGCGAUCACCCUGCAGACAUUCGAAGAUAUCGGCAAGCGGACACCGCUGCUGAUCGAUCUGAAGCCGAGUGGGGACAACUACAUGGAUGAUUUCCACAACGCGGGCGGCAUGCUGGCGCUUUUGCAUACCCUGCGGCCGCUGCUACACCUGUCGGCGAUGACCAUCACCGGUCGCACAUUAGGGGAGGUAUUGGACUCUUCUCCCUUUCGGACGUUCCCGCUCUCGCAGCAGAUCAUCCGACCCUUGUCCGACCCGCUGCACCCGGCGUCGUCGCUCGUCGUUCUCCACGGGAAUAUCGCGCCCAAGGGCGCCGUCAUGAAAGCGUCUGCGUCCAAAGACCGCAGACUCCUAUCCCACAGAGGACCCGCAGUGGUGUUUGAAAACUCAGCAGAUCUAGCACAGCGCAUCGACGACGCCAACCUCCCUGUCACGCAAGACUCAGUACUCGUCCUCAAAGGCAUCGGCCCAGUCGGCAACCCAGGGAUGCCCGAAGCGGGGCUCAUCCCCAUCCCACGCAAGCUCGCGACACAGGGCGUCAAGGAUAUGCUCCGCCUGUCAGAUGGCCGUAUGUCGGGGACAGCGGGGGGGACCAUCGCCCUUCACAUUUCUCCUGAAGCAGCCCUGGCUGAAUCGCCGUUCGGCGUCGUCCAGACGGGUGAUUGGAUUACCUGCGACCUUGAACAGAGGAGACUGCAGCUGGAGAUACCCGACGAAGAGCUGAAAGCGCGCGUGGAUGCGAGGAAGCUGGCUUUGGCUGGCGCGGGUGCCUCCGAACAGGGGCCGAGACGAGGGUACUGUGUUUUGUAUGAGCGGUCGGUGAACCAGGCGGAGGAGGGGGCGGAUUUUGACUUCCUGAUGGCUAGUGGGAUAGCUAAUAGUUCUCGAGAGUAG